GUGGCACGUUAACAGAUAAGACGUACACGUAUACAUUCGCUCACGAGGUAGCACAAGCUGGACAGAGACGUCACAGAACAAUCGGGAUUUUGAAUGGAUGCAAAAGGAGCUUCGCCGGAUUCCACUUCGUCGGGUGCGAUCGAGCACAGGGCCCAUGCGAGGGUGGGACUGCUCGGGAAUCCUAGCGAUGUGUACUUCGGCCGUACGAUCUCAUUCACGCUCGGUAACUUCUGGGCCUCCGUGCGAUUGGAGCCGUCCGAUGAGCUCGUCAUCAGGCCCCACCCCACCCACGAUUUCGUCCACUUCCGAUCCCUCGAUCACCUGGUGAGUCGGUUGAAUAACGAAGGUUAUUAUGGAGGUGUACGAUUACUUAUGGCAAUUUGUAGAGUUUUCCAUAAUUAUUGCAAAGAUAACAAGAUUGAUAUUCAUGGGGGAAAUUUCACUCUAUCAUAUGACACUAAUAUCCCACGCCAGACAGGACUUUCAGGUUCGAGUGCUAUUGUAUGUGCUGCCCUAAGCUGCCUCCUUGACUUCUACAGAGUUAGGCAUUUGAUUAAAGUAGAGCUCAGGCCUAAUCUUAUCCUCGCUGCAGAGAAGGAACUUGGAAUUGUUGCCGGUCUCCAAGACCGGGUGGCACAGGUUUAUGGGGGCCUUGUUUACAUGGAUUUUAGCAAGGAAUACAUGGAUGACUUGCGGCAUGGCAUCUAUACGCCCAUGGAUAUUAGCCUUCUCCCGCCUCUUAAUCUGAUCUAUGCUGAGAAUCCUAGUGAUUCAGGGAAGGUCCACAGUACUGUGCGCCAAAGGUGGCUUAAUGGUGAUGAGUUUAUAAUAUCAUCAAUACUAGAAGUUGCAAAUAUAGCAAAAGAAGGAAGAACAGCAUUACUAGAAAAGGACUAUUCCAAACUUGCAAAACUCAUGAAUCGUAAUUUUGAUAUUCGAAGGAGCAUGUUUGGUGAUGAUGCCCUUGGUGCUUUAAAUAUAAAAAUGGUGGAGGUUGCUAGAAAGGUGGGUGCUGCGUCGAAAUUCACUGGUAGCGGAGGAGCUGUUGUUGCAUUAUGCCCUGAUGGACCUUCACAAGUAAAGCUUCUGCAGGAUGGAUGUCAGAAAGCUGGUCUGAUUGUUGUACCAGUAGAAGUUGUUCCUUCUUGUCUAAAUGCUGAUGAGCUUCAAACCCUAAAAAAAUAGGGACUCGGAAGCAAAGGCUACCUCUAGCCUCUCCCUAAACCCUAAAAUUCGUGUUGAAUCUUCAAUAUUUUUUUUUUUCAUGUUGAUGCCUCAUUUUUGACAUAUCCAAUAAUGAAAGAGCAUCAACUCAUUUCAAUAAAGUAACUUAAGUAAGGGGAGGAUCUCCCCCCUCCAUCUGGAUAA